ACUCCUCCAGAUUACCAAGUACCGGUUACCACUCACCAUUCACCAAACCUCAUUAUUCAUUUCAGUAUAAAGUAUUAUCACAGAAUUACUUUUGUUGUCAUUGUUGAUAACGGCGUUAAUAUUCGAUACUCGUUUCAGCGAACGUUGCGCACAUAGGCUCUUACGAGUCUUACGUAAUAAAAUUAUUGUUAAAACGUAUUUUGUUCAUUUCUCUCGUAAGUCGUAGACCGUAGUGAUAACACGUUGUAACUUGUCUGUUUUGUAGUCGAACCGCAACGAAUAUAUUUUAGUAUUUACAGCGGACGAAUAGUAUAAUUUAUUGCACGUCGUCGGUCGAUCGAUUGCCGACGACUGUUAUCGAGUAAUAGUAGUGUACGGUUUUCAGAUUUCCUGGCCAGUCGACGGAGCUUUUCAAUUAAUCACAACAGGUUGAUGAGUGACAUAGAAUUUAAUAUCAAGAUGUCCGAAAAUGUACAGACUGAAACAAUUACAAAGCCUGAAAAAAAUGCAGCCGAUAAUCCUUCUACAGCAAAAAAGAAUAGUAUUCUUAGACAUCGUAAAAUACCCUCUGCCGAUUUAAACAAUAAAUCAGAUGAAUUAAUAGCGGAGAAAACCGAUUUAUUAUCAGGCCCUUCAGAUGGAAACAAUGAUGGGGUGGCAUGUAAUUUAUCCAAUGAAACUAAUGAAAACAUGGAUAUUAGUACUAUGGCCCAAGCAGAAUUUCAACAUGUUGCUGCUCAAGCCCGUGAUCUUGGUCGCAAAAUGUGGAAUGUGUGUAAUUUCCACAACUUACCUCAAUGGCUCCAGGAUAAUGAUUUCUUGCAUACAGGACACAGGCCACCAUUGAAUUCGUUUCAAGCUUGUUUUCAAUCUAUUUUUCGAAUUCACACUGAAACUGGAAAUAUAUGGACACAUUUAUUAGGAUGUAUUGCAUUUUUUGUUAUGACUUUAUACUUUGCAUCUAGACCAGAAGAAGAAUUAUCAUUUCAAGAUAAAUUAGUUUUCAUUAUAUAUUUUAUUGGGGCAAUUACUUGCAUGGGUUUUUCAUUUGUGUUUCAUACUGUUCAUUGCCAUUCAGAAACUGUUGGCAAAUUUUUCAGCAAGUUGGAUUAUUGUGGAAUUGCCAUACUGAUUAUGGGAUCAUUUGUGCCAUGGUUAUACUAUGGGUUUUAUUGUGAGCCAUAUUCUUGGAUAUUGUAUUUAGUACUGAUUGUUGCACUUGGACUAGUGGCAAUGGUCGUAGCACUAUGGGACAAAUUUAGUGAUCCUGGUCUUAGGCCACUCAGAGCAGGUGUUUUUACUACCUUUGGAUUGAUUGGUGUUAUACCAGCACUUCACUAUGGAGCUGUAGAAGGAUUCUUUUCCAACUUUACAUUGAUUAGUCUCGGAUGGCUAUUACUCAUGGGUUUCUUGUACAUCUCUGGUGCUUUGUUGUAUGCAUUAAGAGUACCAGAAAGAUUUUUCCCUGGAAAAUGUGAUUUAUUGUUCCAAAGUCAUCAGAUAUUCCAUGUACUUGUUAUUCUUGCGGCAUUUGUUCAUUAUCACGGUAUUACAAAAAUGGCAGAAUACAGACUGAGCAAAGGUGAAUGUGAAGUACGCCCUGCUGUUGUUUAGUAUGAAAGUUUGGUAGGUGAUGGACUUCUUUAAAAUUAUACAACUGUUAGUUGUCCAAUUUGAAGGAGAACCGAAUUUCCGUGCUGACACAGAGAUGGUUAAAAUACAAUUAUGUUAUUUAAUUCAGAUAAAAAUGUAUAAUUUAAAAACCAAAAGAUAAAAAAUCACUUAAGAUUACAUUACAAGUUAGUUUUUGUUUUAUGUAGUCAUAUACUUAAAUUAUACUUUUGAUUAUAAAAAAAAAUUACAUAUAUU